AUGCCGGGCCGCGCCGGCCAGGAGUUCGCGGCUCCGCAGCAAACUUUCCGGGCGGGGACCGCGACUCCGAGCGUUCAGUUCCGAACUCGAAAACUGGCCGCGCGCCGAGCCGCACCACGAGCCGCCGCCACUGGCAGUCGUCGGUGCCCAAGCUGCCACGGUCGCCUUAGACGAUAUUCCCCGCCCCCCAACAGCCGCUGCCACCGGCGCGCUCCCGCGCCAUAA